AUGUCGCAAUUAUCGAGGAAGCAGCUGGAUACUGAUAACCACGUCUCUGUGGAAACUGAAUGGACGCGUCUGAAAGAUGUAGCAAACAACAUUGAAACUCUUCGAUCCCUGGACCGGACUUCAGAAAACAAAGUCAAACUCGCAGUUGCUACGUUACGCGAAGAACCGAUUUCUCAGAAGCGCCGCAAGUACAAGCUUUUUCUUUGUGAUGUGCUUAAGAAAUGCGGUCCAGUUGGUGUACUCCUGUGCGCUACUGUCUUGGGUACGAACAAAGUUUUUGACAUGGGCAAGACUCGUCGCUUAGCGUUUAUCAACAAACUUGAAGCAAACAAAAUUCAGCCGCCACUAGCCUCUACAGUCUUGUUGAAUAUUGCACUUCACCACCAAAUACCAGCUUCGAUUGAAGAUCUACGGAAACUUGGCUCCCACGAUAUAUCUCAGAAACUUGCAACGGAUGAGAACCUAUCAAUUCAAGCAACUGGGGACACAUCCUCUGCUCAAGCUGCAGCGCUUUUGGUGCAAGGUCAAUCGACGGAACGCGAGACGCAACGUAAUGGGCAUGAUAAUCAUCAACCAGGUACUAUUCAGGGUUUCCCGAAUUCGCUCACUCUAGACCAUCCGCUGGACAGGGAAGACAAAGAUGGCCCAACACUCUUACAAGCCGAUGAUCUUCCAGGCUUCCAGAUAUCAGUUCUAGCAAACCAACCACCACAGUCGGUUUUUGAUCUCGAUAUCAUACAUCUCAUCGGCUUCCUCCAACGAUUUCAAUCAGUUUCCUCCAGUCCACAGCAAUUUACAGUUAUGCUUGGUCUUCUUCAAGGAUAUCAGACAAACUGCCCCAGCCUGCAAUACAUUCAACUAAUAAUCCCGUGGUCAGGCGCAUUACCGUCGAUCGACAUCAAAAUCGAUUCCCAGAUCGGCUGGAGUGCAAAGAUCCAACUAUCCGUCACUCUCGCCGUAGAACUGGUCAACUAUGCUCAAGAUUCACCGACGGCGAAAACGGCAGACGGUCGGAUACCCUAG